AUGACCGGUCAGGUGGUGCUGAUGGUGUGUUUCGCGCUCCUUCUGCUGGUCUUUUCCCGCUGCGGGGAGGCACGUGUCAGACUCAACUCCAUCAGGACGGUGAUACUGCGAGAGGGUCACGCGCUGCCUAUGAACAGGAGCACGUGGGAGCCGAGCGUGGACCUGACACUCUAUCAGUGUAUGAGCGACCUGGAGUGUAGCGAGGGGAGCUACUGCCACGCCCCCACCAAAGGCCCCGCCCACUCCCGCUGCCAGACCUGCCGCAGGAGGAAGAGGCGUUGCCAUAGAGACGGCAUGUGUUGUCCCGGCAACCGCUGUAGCAACAAUAUCUGUGUUCCUGACGUGAAUAGUUUUGUGUCUCAGAGGAUCCCCGACACAGACGAAGAGAUGAGUUCACUGUCUAAAAAGAAAGGAUGGAGAAAGAGAGGGAAAAUGGACACCAAAGGGCCUUCUAGUAGAGGUCAGGUCGGGGAUCCUUGUCUUCGCUCCUCCGACUGUUCCGACAGUUUGUGUUGCGCCCGUCACUUCUGGACUCGCAUCUGCAAGCCGGUCCUGCGGGAGGGACAGGUAUGCACACGACAACGCCGGAAGGGAAACCACGGCCUGGAGUUGUUCCAGCGAUGCUCCUGCGGUGACGGACUCAGCUGCCGCACGCUUCGGGACCCCAACGCUCAGCCUCCGUCAUCAUCAUCAUCGUCGUCAUCAUCACUUCUCGCAGCAGUGGCAAAGUCCAAGUUCGCACCAUCCUCUCCCUCUUCUCGCCACUCUUCUCCUCACACGUCGCCGCUGUCUUCGUCCUCCUUAGCUUCUUCGUCGUCGUCAAAGUCAUCGUCAGCGGUGGCAAAGACGAGACUCCACGUGUGUCAGAGAAACUGA